CCAGUGAGCGAGAUGGAGGAGGAGCUGCGGUGUAGUCAGUGUACCGGGUAUUACCACGUGCCGGUUAUAUUAGUGUGUCGUCAUGCAUUGUGUCUAGCUUGUGCAGGAGCACUUCAGAAACCUGCAGCUCCGCCUGCACGUAGUGAGGAUGAAGGAAGUGUUGCUCCUGCCGAAGAUCUCCACGAAACAUCCGAGGUGGAUAAACUGUCCGUGUUGAGCGACGCUGACUCGGGCGUUUCGUGUAGUUCUCGUCCAACAAGCCUUGUCGGUGCUCCUGAAGGAGGCAGCAGCUCGGAUCCGCCCCCGCCGCCGCCCGUGUACACCAUCACAUGCCCGCAGUGCUCCGUUCUGACGCCGACAGACGAAGCGGGGGCGCAGGGGCUGACGCGGUUCAAGGUGCUGGCGGCGGUGGUGGACAAGCACCUGGAGAGGUACCAGGUAGCUGAACCGUGCCAGCUUUGCGAUGCGGCCACGGCGCCCCGACCCGCCCAGGUCUUUUGCGACCAGUGCUUAGUGUUCUAUUGCGGCCCUUGUCGAGAGGCAUGCCACCCCGCCCGUGGCCCUCUGGCCGCCCAUUGGCUCGUGAGCGUCGCCGAAGGAAGGGCGCUCCUGAGGGCGCGACGGAGGGAGAGGGAAGGGCGCUGCACACACCACCCGCAGGAGCAUGUGUCCAUGUACUGCCUCACCUGCCGUCUCCCAGUGUGCGUUCUGUGCCUGCACCACGGACGGCACCACGCACACGACGUGCACGCGCUCAACGCCGUCACCAAAACACACAAGACGGAGCUGUCGCAGGCGCUCCAGCAGCUGUCGGAGAAGGCCCGGGCGGCCACGGAGUUCAUCCACACGCUCAAGACGCUCUCGGAGGAAGUGCACGGAAACUGUCGCGAAGUGGAGGGCGUGAUCGUGGCACAGGUGGACGCCCUGGUGGAGGCACUGCAGGCGAGGCGCGUCGACCUCAUCAACUGGGUCAGGAGACAGCGGGAUGCAAAGGUACAUUCGCUGAGGGAUCAGGUGCAGGAGUACACCCACACCCUCCAGUCCACCACCGCCACCAUACACUUCUGCAUUGAGGCUCUCAAGGAAUCAGACCCAGCUUCGUUUAUGGAAGCCCAGGAGAUCCUUGAAGAGCGUGUGAAUGCCAUGUCUCGUGACUGGGACCAGAACAUGGUGUCAGAGCCGAGGGUGCCACCUCACUUCAACCUCACGCUGGAUGACAAGACCUUGCUGACAGCCAUCCAGCAGCUGACCUUCAUCCAGCUGAAGCGUACUCAUAUAGAAGUAUACUCAGGGGAACAGACAGUAUGCACCAUUGAUGGUCUCCACUUCAACUCGAUCUACAGGGCCAGGGUUCGGGCCUUUAACUCGACAGGAAAUUCCCCCUUCUGCGAACCCCUCUGUUUACAGACUGCAGAAGUGGCUUGGUUCACAUUUGAAUCAAGUCAUCCAGAUGUAACCGUUUCUGCAACUGGAUUCACUGUCAGUUGUGAUUCUUAUGAACACCGUGUGGUCCUGGGUAGUGUUGGCUUCUCUCGUGGAGCACAUUACUGGGAAUAUACCUUGGAAAGAUAUGAUGGGAAUGCAGAUAUUGCCUUUGGACUGGGAAGAAUUGACAUAUGCAAGGAAAUGAUCCUAGGAAAGUGUGGGGGCAGCUGGAGCAUGUACAUAGACAGUGAGAGAUCAUGGCUGAUGCAUGGUGGAGAGCACUUCAACAGGACUGCAGGCGGUGUAAGGGCUGGGGACACUGUUGGGCUGUUGCUGAAUUUACCAGAAAAAACCCUUAGCUUUUUUGUUAAUGGGGAACUUCAGGGCUACGUUUCGCUCGCUGGGGUGACAGGUGUCCUCUAUCCUGCUGUGAGCCUGAACCGUAGUGUUGUCCUCAACUUGCAGACUGGGCUCCAUCCUCCACAGGCCCUUGUGGAAACUCCUGUUGCUGCUAAAACAUAGAAAUGAUGUAUUCCACACACAGUUGGAGUAUAUUUAGCUAUACUAGUAUUUUUUCUUUUAUUUCUUAAUUUUGUCAUACUAUUAGUAUUGGCUUACUGUAUGUCUUUGACUUACUAUAUUAUCUUUGUUGAUGUUUUAGCUCUUUUUAUUAACUGAGGGAUUAGAUAUAUGUUUUGAUUUCUUUUUGUUCCUUAAAGUAAGCCUUCAAAUACAAAAUGCAUUACUUUUCUUUUUAGUAGUCUUUGUAUAUAUACAAUAUGACAUUUGACUUAGAAUAAUUGGUAUAAGAAGGUAUGAUUUGUUUUUUAUAUGCCUAAAAGGUGUUAUAUGACAUAGUUAUACUGAAUUGUUUUCAACAGUAAUUUUUAUACUGUCAGGAACUAUGUGCCUCCAUUUAGCACAUAAAUACUAUUAAUUUAGGUAGUGAGUGGUUUGUCUGUUCAAAUUUAGUGUCCUUCAUGUGAUAACCUCGUAAGUGUCAGCAAGUUUAUUGCGUGGAUUACAAGAUCUCAUGAUAUGUCAUGGAUUCCGUUUUUGAGCUUUCUCUUUUCUUUUAUUAGAUGAUGGAUAUCAGGUGGUGAUAUAUGAGAAAAUGAAAAAAAUUGACAUAUCAUUGUAUAUAUUGUACAUAAAUUGCAUAUUCAUUGUCAACUUGAUUACUUGUAUGAUUAUGGUAUAGAACUAACAUUUAUUUACUAUUUUCUAGUCCCACUUUCUUCACGGUUUAGUGUCUAUGUUCAUAUACUUCUUGCCUUCUAAGAGCUUUUGUUGUCUGUGUUAGUUUCUUGUAUCAUUAUCUGCUAGAUUCAUCUUGCAUUUUACUAGUCUUACAGAAGGUAAAUACAGGGAAUAUUAGUGUGGUAAUUAUAUCCAGUGAUAUCCCUCCAUUAUCAACACUUUACUCACAGUAGCAAAGGAGCUGUUGAAACAGCCAAGAAAAAUGCACUUAAAUAUCAACACAAUGUUAGAUAGUUUCACACCUGGCUGUCUAGAAUAUCAGCUUAGGUCUCUCUGCUUGUUAAAGAGACUUUGCAUUAUGACGACUGACAUAUUUAACCUCUUUGAUGGUCUUUAAGUAUCAAGAGAAAAAAAAAAAAAAAAAAAUGUAUUAAUCAUAUUACCAGUCAUACCACAAUUUGAAAGAAAAUGUAGAAGAAAAAAAAUUGUAGGACUUGUGUUGAAAGAGCUUACGUCCCUAUGAUCUACUGCCAUUCCUUUAGGAAGCAUUUAUUAAUCAUAAAGGCAUUUCUAUAUAAAUGCAUUUUAUAAUAUUUCUAAUAACCAGAAGUGUAAAUAAAUAAUGAUAUUGA